AUGCUAAACUGGCUUGCACCAGCAGCGAGCAACGGCUCGAACCAUGCGGCCGCCGACGCCAAGCCAGGCGAAGAUGAUGACACCCUUGUUGUCGAGCCUGAUCAGGGCAACGUGCUCACUCACAUUAUUUCCCAGCUCCGGCCGGGCGCCGAUCUUAGUCGAGUAGUCUUGCCUACCUUCAUCCUGGAGCCUCGCAGCAUGCUCGAGAGAAUCACCAACUUCAUGUGCCACCCCGAAAUGCUUCUUCCCAUACCCGAGAUCGACGAUCCCACGCAGCGAUUUGCUUCCGUUGUCAAGUUCUACCUCAGCGGCUGGCACAUCCGACCUCCAGGUGUCAAGAAACCCCUCAACCCCAUCAUUGGCGAAGUCUUCAGCUGCUACUGGGAUCUGCCAGACAGCACACGUGCCUACUACAUUGCCGAACAAACCUCCCACCACCCGCCCAAGUCGAGCUACUUCUACAUGAUCCCCGACCACCACAUCCGCGUCGAUGGCUGCCUGAAGCCUCGCAGCAAGUUCCUCGGCAACUCGGCCGCCAGUCUGAUGGAAGGCACCGUUACCCUGACCUUCCUGAACAGGGGCAAGAACAAGGCCAAGGGCGAGCGGUACAUGCUGACACAGCCCAACAUGUACGCCCGCGGCAUUCUGUUCGGCAAGAUGAAGUAUGAGCUCGGCGACCACAGCUUCGUGCGCUGCCCCGAGCUCGAUCUUGUGGCCGACAUUGAGUUCAAGACCAAAGGCUGGGUCGGCGGUACCUACAAUGCCAUUGGCGGCUUCAUCAAACGGGAGAGCACCGACGAGGUCCUCAGCCCGUCCGUACGGCCCAUCGAGGAACAGGAUGUGCGCGAGUCACAGAAGCUCUGGCAGGCCACGGCGCAAGCCGUCCGCGAGCGCAAUCAUGAACUCGCCACCGACGAGAAAACCAAGGUCGAAGACAUGCAGCGGGAGGAGCGGGAGAUUCGGAACCGGGAUGGUGUUGAGUGGCGCCCGAGGCUCUUCAGGCCGGUCAAGGGCGGUCCUGGCGGUUCCGAGGAGGGAGAGGAGGACCUCGAGUGGAUCAUCAACGCCAACAUUGACGGCGAGACACCCGAGAAGCAGGCCGAGCAGGUUCUGGCCAUCUAUCCCAUCCUGCCCGGACAAAAGGCCUCUUCCGAGAACCAGAUUCCACCGAACAAGCCCGCACAAACGCAGCCAAAGGCCACGGAGGCAGCGACACCUCCGCCGGUAGCCGAACCUACGCCUGCUGCGGCUCCCGUAGCAGCGCCCCAGAAUGAUCUCAUCGAUUUAAGCCACUCCGAGACAGCAGCACCCACCACCCAGCCUGCUGCUGCUGCGGCCGCGACGGCACCCCAGGCGACCCGACACGACUCGCAGGAUAUCACGGGCAUGCUGAGUAAUACGGGCAAGCCAGCGGCAGAUGGGCCGCUGAUUGACUUUGUCAGCGAUCUCAAGAAGAACGUGCCCGAGCUGAAGAGGGCCGACACAAGCGAGGAUGACUUCCAGGAUGCGCAGGAGAAGUGA